AUGUUUGAAUUUCUAUCUAUCGAUGUUCUUUAUGAAAUAUGUGCUUAUUUGACACCUGUUGAUAUUCUUCGAUCAUUGGCAUCAUUGAAUAAACGUUUCUCAACGAUUUUUAUGUAUCAAUUUUUGUGGCAUAUUCAUAUUGAUGGUGAUAGAAUGUCGUUAUUGACGUUCAAUGAUUUUUGUGAAAAUAUUUUAAAAGUAGUAAGACAUAGAGUUGUUUCACUACGUAUUACAUUCAAGCAUGUUGUUGGUGGAUGGUCACUCGUUUCAUCAGCUUUGAAAUAUCAUCAAACAAUGCUACUUCGACAUGUACAACUGAUUGAUAUUCAACCAUAUGAAUUUGAUAAAUUUUUAUGUAAUCAUUUAACAAAACAAUUGCAUACUUUAAUCGUUGAUGUAACAGAACAUAAUCCAUUCAAUUAUCAAGCUAUGGAAGGAGCAUAUCUGGCUAAGGUAUGUUCAUGUUUGCCCGCAUUAACUAUCUGUCGACUUCCAUUUAAUUUUUGUCGGAUAAGUCAUAAAAAGUUACUAAAAUCUUCAACAACACCGUUGAUGUCUCUACCAAAUGUUUUCAACACAACUUAUCUUCAUACAUUGACUGUUGGUGUAAACACAUCACGUUUUUUAGAACACUUACUACCGUGUAUACCUUUCAUUCAAAAUCUUUCUAUUGGUAUAGCAGAUCCAGUGGUAAUCGAUGAUGAUGGAUUUGACAUAGUCUCAAUGCCCGUUGCUGUUGAUGCUCGUCUACUUCGCAAUCUAGUUCGUGUUAGAGUGAACUGCUUGAACACCAUAAGUUUUCAUCGAACGAUUGUGCUUUUAUCAUGUGUAUUAGAUCAAUUAAUUCAUUUUUCCCUUAAAUUAAAUUCAUAUGCAUCUGCCUGUGAUCCGUUUGCUAUAUCCGGUGAUAUUAUUCAACAAACAUGUAUUGAUCGUCUGAAACCAUCGGCGUCUUAUGCUCUCGAUCUGUCCUUUAAUAUCGAGAAAGAUUUGAAGGAAAAAAAAAUUUAUAAUUCAUUCGUAAAAGCUGCUUUUUUUCGUCGACAAAAGCCGAGAGUGAUUAUUCAAGAACGAAAUAAUUGGGGUAUUGGUCGUGAUCACCAUUGCUUUAUCUUGUACACUUCUCCAUAUAAUGGUACGAAGCUUCAAACGCACUUUUUUUCUGAACAUUUGCCAGUAUCGUCAAAGUCUAUGGAUCCAACUGGUUUGUUUCCACGAGCUAAUGAACUGUUCAUUGAAGGUUUUAAUGGCGGAAGUUCUCAUCAUGAACUCAGUAAAUCUAGAAAGCCCAUGUUAUCAUUUGUUCCAUGGUCAUUGCUAACAAAAAUUGUCAUUGAUGGUAGCUAUUUUAUUAGUGCAGCUGAAUUAGAAGCAAUAUUAAGAAUGUCUUAUAAUGUACAUACGCUACAAAUAAAAGAAGAUAACGGUAGUUUAUGCCGCGCUAUAUUAUUUGACACAGCCAAUCUGGCAACUCGUAUCAAUCAACAGAUAAAAUCAUUUGAUAUGGAUGCUGAGAGCAUAACAUUACGCAAUGGUGAAUACUUCUGCAAACGUAUCUCCAAUCGACUGUCUGACUUGAAACACUUUUCAUUUUCUCUUCAUAAUUCACAUGAUGAAUUCGGUUGGCAUUCGUCAAAUACUCGUCAUGGUCAAAUUACAUGUACAGAACGCAUUGUUAAUCAUAUUUGUUAUCUUCUCGAUCAUUUUCAACAACUUGUUUCACUUGAUAUGUCUUUUGUUGGUUGGACCUUCACUGCAACACCAUGCUUUUCAUAUCUUAUUCGACGACAACUGCAUGAAUUGCUGCUUAACCGACCUUAUCGAGUACGAUGUUCUGAAAAGAUUCAAAUCUGGCUUUAA